AUGGUGGAGUCAGUGCUGGCUCUUUUCCGGAAAGACGAUUCGAUUCAAGGACGAUGGUGGCCACUCUCAACCGUUGUGGAUGUUUGCCAGCGUCUUGCGAACUUUGACCGUUCGACUCCCCUUGUCGAAGAUACUUAUCAUCUUCAAUUUUCCGUGGACACCACUCUCCAUGGGUUAUUGCAUCCAUCAUUCAUUGAUGCUGUUGGCGAUGCGGCUUCACUGGAAGAUGGAUCAAAACAAAUCUACAUCUAUCAAAUGAGAAAAGAAGCAGCAAUUUACGCAGAUUUCUCAGAAUCCAUUCCACGGUUGCCCGAAGCUGCUGUGGCCAACGCCUUGGAAUGGAUGCAGGGAUUGAGGGCCGCUCAGCUGUCGCUGAAGCCAUACAUGUCUCUCAAAGCUUAUGCAAUGAUCAAUUUUUGGUACUCUAUGGAAGCGGAGAAUCUGUUUGGCGCAAGAGAAGGGGAAACAGCGGAAGAGGCUGCUCAACAUCUCCGGGCUCUGCUGAGGGAUGCUUCCCAGAGCGUCCAACAUGCCAAAGAGUUGGUUGUUGGUCUUGGCAAGUCAGAUUCCAAGACAUACUUUGUUGACAACUAUGAUGGAGAACCACUCGAAAUGUGCUUUGAUGAUGCCAGCGUUGACAAGCUGGCUUUCACGAUCAAGAUGAGAGCAUCAUAUUUGUUUCAUGCCAUUACUCUUAUGCUUGGAACGAAUGCAGAACAACAGCGUCCACUUUUUGGUGAGAAAUGGGAACAAGCAAUGGUAGAAAUUCAAUCAAUGACAGGUGAUCGGUCCAUCACCAGUCCAAAGACAAUCCAGCUGUGGCUGCGACAGUUUCGAGUGCAUCGAAGGUUCGAUAAUCCAAUGAUGAACAACAGGAUGGGCAUUCCCCUGUUUGCCAACCAUCCAAAAGCUGCUAUUUAUGGGAACGACAACAUUCAACAACUCUCACUUGGCUUUAUGGGAGACUUUGUCCGUGACACGCUUAUUCCACAGCUUGCUGCGGAGCAAAAGGUUACCCAAGCGGAGUUUCUGAAAGCAAAUGGGCUCAAAAAUGUUUGCCACAAGACCAUCCAUCGCUGGCUUGGCUUUCUUGGCUUCAGGUGCAGUAUAUACAAGAAAGACUUUUACACUGAUGUGCACGAAAGACCAGAUGUUGUAGAGUCGCGCAUUGACUAUUGCCUCGAGCUCACGAAACUGGAAGUUCAUUGUGCUGUUUGGGUACAGUUGACAGCCGAGAGAGCAAAUGAAUUGAAGGAGGCGAAACGAAUCAACCCCGACAAUGCAGGCAUUCCUGUUACUACGAGUGCUGAAGGAACCUCGCUCCUAGAAUUUCAUGUUGAUGAUGUCUUGGAUUCCGAAACUCUACCGGAAGUUGCAGCAAGCGAUGAUGGUAGCAAGUUUGGUGGCAAUCAUAGCCUCAGGCUUGCUCCUGAUGAUGAUCGAUACAUGAUUUGGGGUCAAGAUGAGGUUGUUUCCAAUGAAAAGGCACUGAAUUCAAUGGCAUGGUAUGGAACAGCCGGCCAACAAGCACUUCGCUCCAAAGAUUUGGGGGGCUCAAUCAUGAUAUCUGGCAUCGUAAGCAGAGAGGCCAGUUGGUUGCCAAUGCCUACAUUUGAGCAGCUACUGCAGAUCAACAGAAACCGACAAGGCAAAAUGUAUGUUGCUACGGAAGCUGCCAUUACUGUACUGGGCAGUGCGAAUAAGCGUCCUUUGUCCGAGAAUGAUGUACGGUUCUUUGCACAUCCAGCCUGGCCAGAAUAA